UUUCGUUGCAACGAUGCAGAAGGAUUGUGUACUGAUUAUUGAUUAGCAUCUAGUUAGUUCUUCAUUUAUCGGCUCAAAAUGGGUUUAAAUAAGAGGAAGCGUGCCUGCUUUCUUAAAAAGGAUCAUCAGCAUCAGCAUCAUCAAGCUUCAAGUGAUUCCAACGACUCAAGUUAUAAAAUCAACACCCUGAGACUUUUACUCUCAAACACCAAACAAAAUGUCUAAUAUUCUUGCAAUCCUCGGCGCUACUGGCCAGCAAGGCGGUUCCGUCCUCAACUUCGUCCUGAACGACCCAGAGCUCUCCCAAAUAUACAAGAUCCGCGCAAUCACCCGCGAUGUCAACUCAGAGAAGGCCACAAAGCUCAAGGGGAAAGUCGAAGUCGUCCAGGGUGAUAUAAAUGACCCGGCCUCCCUCAAGGCAGCCUUAGUCGGCGUGCACACCGUUUUCUCUGUGACAACACCAUCUUUCGGCCCCAACGCCUUAGAGGACGAAUAUAACGUCGGCAAGUCCAUCGCCGACGUCGCCGUUGAGAACGGUGCUCAAUACAUCAUCUUCAGCACUCUGACAGCAAUCAAAGACAUUUCUGGUGGCAAGUACGCCAAUGUCUUUCCAUUCGACGCCAAGGCCAAAAUCGAGGAGUAUAUUCGCGGCCUCUCCAUCAAGAGCGCCUUCUUCGCGGGUGCAUCAUUCAUGGAGAAUUUCCAGUCUCAAUUCUUCUUAGCUCCAAAACAGGCUGCGGACGGCACCUGGGUUUUAGCCCGCCACGUCUCCCCUCAGAGCAAGUUCCCCUUGAUCGACGCUGUUGGCGAUACUGGGAAAUUCGUCGGCGCCAUCCUCGCUGAGCCGGACAAGUACGAGGGGAAGACGUUCUGUGGUGCUGCUGGAAUAUACACCAUGGAGCAAGUAGCCGCUAUACUCUCAAAAAAUACGGGAAAGACGAUCGUUUAUAAGCAGGUCUCGGUUAAGGAGUUUAAGGAGGGCAUAGUGGGCUUUGGGUUGCCUCGUGUGCUGGCUGAUAUCUUCGUUGAUGGGUUCAGCUUCAACGAAGAAUUCGGAUACUUUGGCCCAAAUCAAGAGGAGUCAAUUGCCUGGUCUGUUCAAAACGCCCGAGGCCGACCGUCGACGUUUGAGGAGUACCUGGAGGUGCAUCCUUUCCGACUUGAAUAGAUGGGAAUCAUGAGAGGGGAAAUGUGUUUUAUGGUGAGAAUAUUGGGUAGUAUAGAGCAGGGAAGGUUUCAUCGUGGGAGUAAAGGGAUCAAGGAGAAUGAUAAGAGAUAUAUAAAAAGG